AUGGAAAUCAUUUAUUUCAGCAACGAGUUCCCCCGUGAUGACCUGCAGGGUGUGCUGCGCAAGUUGCACAACCAUUCCAAAGACCGUCGUCACACCGUCUUGGCGCAGUUCAUCGCAGACGCUACUCGUAGCGUCAAGGAGGAAAUCCGAACUCUUCCCAAGGCCCUCAAGGCCUGCUUCAAGCCCUUCUCGACUCUAUUCCAAUGGGCCGAGGAUACGGAGCUGCGCGAAGGGCCCUUGAAUGGCGCCGUGGACGGUGUGCUGCUGUCCGUACUCCAGCUGGCCACGUACAUUGGAUAUGCAGAAGAGCACCCGGACGAACUCUUCAACUUCGGCAACACGUGCUUGACCGGUCUCGGUCUAGGCCUGAUCUCGUCCACUGCCGUCGCUCUCUCGCCGACCUUGGCCGAACUUCCCCUUGCUGGUGCCGAUGCGGUGCGUCUGGCGUUCCGUAUGGGCAUCCUCGUCACCGACAUCUCCGCUGAUCUCGAGGCGCGAGUGGAAGGCGAGUCACCAGACUCGUGGGCUUAUGUCGUCCACAACGUCGAGCCCGACGAGGCCCAACAUCAACUUGACCUGUUCAACUUCAAGGAACGUCUCCCAGAGACGGGCAAGAUCUCCCUGAGCGCAUACAGCCGCACAUCCGUCACUGUCAGCGGCCCACCGGCCCGACUCAAGGAACUCUUCAAGAAGUCGCAGUACUAUCGCGAUGCCCGAUCCAUCGCUCUGCCCGUGUUUGGCGGUCUCUGCCACGCUCCUCACAUCUACGACCGCAGCCAUGCUCAGCGUAUUGUGCGAGAAGCGACGUUGAACUGCAACGAGGGCAAGCGAUUGCUUCCCAUGACUCCCGUCUACUGCACAAGCACCGGCAAGCCAUACGUCGCACAAGAUGCGCUCGAGCUGCUCGAGAAUGUCAUCCUGGAGCCUCUGACCCAGCCCAUCAUCUGGGACCAUGUCAUCAGUGGCAUCGUGGAUCGUGCCACCGCCACCUGCGCCCAGACCUGCACCAUCUACAGCUUUGGCCCAUCCAUCCCGCUCAAGGAGCUGACGGAGAGUAUGGGCGCGCGCAUUACCGAAUUCAACACCGACUCUGUCAACAUCAUGGGAUGGAUCAACGAGAGCACUCCCGAUGAGCUCAACUCCCGUGGCAGCGCCCAAGCAAAGCUGGCCAUUGUGGGCAUGUCGUGCAGACUCCCCGGCGGUGCUACCAGCACCGAAAAGUUUUGGGAAGUUCUGGAGAAAGGACUCGAUGUUUCUCGGAAGAUUCCCGCCGAUCGCUUCGACAUCGACACGCACUACGACCCUACUGGUAAACAGCUCAACAAGAGCAUGACCCAGUACAUGUGCGCGAUUGAUGAGCCCGGCCUCUUUGAUGCCCCAUUCUUCAACAUGUCCCCACGCGAGGCGCAAGUCGUGGACCCUCAGAUGCGGUUGGCACUUGUCACUGCGUACGAAGCCCUCGAGCGUGCGGGCUAUGUGGCCAACCGUACUGCUUCGACGCUGCUGCAGCGCAUCGGCACCUGGUACGGACAAGCCGCCGACGACUACCGAGAAGUGAACCAAGGUCAAGAGGUCAGCACCUACUACAUUCCAGGAGGCUGCCGAGCAUUUGGUCCCGGACGUAUCAACUACUACUUCAAGUUUGCAGGGCCCAGCUAUUCCGUCGACACUGCUUGUUCCUCUGGAUUGGCUGCCAUUGAAGUUGCCUGCCAGGCUCUGUGGAAUGGCGAGGUCGACACCGCAGUGACCGGCGGCAUGAACAUCUUGACCAACCCCGAUGGUUUCGCUGGUCUCAAUUGCGGCCACUUCCUCACCAAGACCCACAACGCAUGCAAGACCUGGGAUGCUACUGCUGAUGGCUACUGCCGAGCAGACGGCAUUGGCUCUCUGGUCAUCAAGAGACUCGAAGACGCCGAGGCCGACAACGACAACAUCUUGGGUGUCAUCCUCGGCGCUGGAACCAACCACUCUGCGGAAGCAGUCUCCAUCACCCACCCUCAUGCCGGCCACCAAGCCUAUCUGGCCCGACAGGUCCUUCGACAAGCAGGUGUGGACCCUCUUGAUGUAUCGUACGUCGAGCUUCACGGAACGGGCACCCAGGCAGGAGACCACGAGGAGAUGCAAGGCAUCAUGGAAGUCUAUGCGCCACUCUCUGGCCGUCGCUCCAAGAACCAGCCCUUGUACAUUGGCGCGUCCAAGGCGAACGUGGGUCACGGAGAGUCUGUCGCCGGCACCACAGCACUCAUCAAGACCCUGCUCAUGCUCCAAAAGAAUGCCAUUCCACCUCAUGUGGGUAUCAAGACUGAGAUCAACCCCAGGUUUCCAAAGGAUUUCGACAAGCGCAACCUCCACAUCGCUUUCGAGAAGACUACCUGGCCACAGCACCCUGGUAAGAAGCGAAUCGCUGCCAUCAACAACUUUGGUGCUGCGGGAGGCAACACCACGAUGGUAUUGGAGGAGGCUCCAGCUCGUGUGCCUGCGGAGGCCGACACCCGCCAGCUGCAUGUUGUAGCUGUGUCGGCCAAGAACAAGACAUCUCUGGCUGGAAAUCUCGAAAGGCUCCAGGCCUGGAUCGAAAACAACCCAGAAGUGAGCCUUGCCGACCUGUCGUACACGACGACCGCUAGACGCCAGCACCACAACCACCGUGUGGCCAUUGCCGCCACUGACCUCAAGGGUCUCCAAAAAGAGCUCGCAAAGAAGCUGGCAGCCGCCGACUCACACCAACCAAUCCCCAAGUCGGGCGCGCCACCAGUGGCCUUCUGCUUCACAGGGCAAGGUGCUGCGUACAAGUCCAUGGACUUGGAGCUGUACCGUGAAGUCCCAUCAUUCAGGUCCGACUUCAACCACUUCGACUCUCUUGCACAACGUCAAGGCUUCCCUUCCAUCAUCCCUGCGGUCGAUGGAUCUUUCCCCAAGGAACACGCACACUCUCCUGUCGUCACGCAGCUUUCGCAAGUGUGCAUGCAGAUGGCACUGGCCAAGUACUGGGCAUCUUUGGGGAUCAAGCCCGAUAUGGUAUUGGGCCACAGCCUCGGCGAGUAUGCCGCCAUGUAUGUGGCGGGCGUCUUGUCUGCCAACGACACCAUCUAUCUCGUUGGUAAGCGGGCGCAACUGCUGGAAGCGAACGCUCGUGUCGGCAGCCACCAAAUGAUGGCCGUGCGUGCGUCUCUCGCACAGAUCAAAGAAGCGGAUGGUGGCCUGCAGUACGAGGUGGCUUGCGUCAACGGUCCUUCAGACACCGUGCUGAGCGGUACCGUCGAGCAGAUGGAUGCUGUAUCGGCACCUUUGGGUGCGGCAGGCUACAAAUGCAUCAAGCUCGACGUCGCCUUCGCCUUCCACUCUGCGCAGAUGGACCCCAUCCUGGACGAGUUCGAGGAGAUUGCAAGGACCGGUGUUGUUUUCAAGGAGCCCAUCGUGCCUGUCAUCUCGCCUCUCCACGGCAAGGUGAUUUUCGAUGGCAAGACAUUGAACGCCAAAUACUGCCGUGAUGCCACCCGCGGCACUGUCAACUUCUUGGGUGCGCUGGAGAGUGCCCAAGAAAUCUCCACCAUCACGGAGGACACGGUCUACGUCGAGAUCGGCGCUCACCCCGUCUGCUGCAGCUUCGUCAAGUCCAGCAUUCCAGCCCUCAACUUGGCUGUCCCAUCAUUCCGCCGCGGCGAGAGCAACUGGACAACGAUUGCGCAGGCAUGUACUGCAAUUCACCUCGCUGGCCUCGACGUCGACUGGAACUCCUACCACGCUCCAUUGGAGAAGAGCCUAACGCUGCUGGACCUGCCCACAUAUGCCUGGAAUGAAAAGACGUACUGGCUCCAGUACAACGGCGAUUGGGCGCUCACCAAAGGUAACACCUUCUACACUGCCGAGAAGGAGGCCGCCGCAAAGGCCGCAGCCGCUACUGGGUCGGUGCGUUCCAACGCCGCCAGCCCCAUCAAGACAUCCACUGUCCAGAACAUCAUCGAAGAGCACUUCCAGGACGUGGCUGGUACCGUUGUUAUGGAGUCCGAUUUGAUGCAGGCCGACUUCCUCGCCGCGGCUCAUGGCCACAAGAUGAACGGAUGUGGUGUGGUGACAUCGUCCAUCCAUGCCGACAUUGCAUACACUCUCGGAGAGUACUUCUACAAGAAGCUCAACAAGAAAGCCAAAAAGGUGGACAUGAAUGUGGCCAACUUGUAUGUCAGCAAAGGCUUGGUGGCCAAUGCCAACACCAAGAACCCACAGUGUAUUCGCGUCACUGUGACUACAGAGGACAUCCGCACCAACGUCGCCAACCUGUAUUGGCAGAACGUGGAUGCAGAUGGUAACGCGGCGGAUGUGUUCGCGGAGGCGAAUCUCGUCUUUGGUGAUGCCACCGAGUGGCUCAGCACAUGGGCACCCAUGACCCAUUUGGUGCAAGGCCGUAUCGAUGCCCUCGAUGCUCAAGCGAGGGCAGGUAAGGCGACUCGUCUGUCACACAACAUGGCCUACACGCUCUUCGGCAAGAACCUUGUGGACUACCACCACAAGUACCGUGGCAUGCAAGCCGUGACGAUGAAUGAGCUCGAAGCUUACGCCGACGUGGAGCUCACCACCGAGAAGGGUGGCGUAUGGACUGUUCCCCCAUACUUUAUUGACAGCGUUGCUCAUCUUGCUGGCUUCAUCAUGAACUGCUCCGACGCCAUCGACACGCAGAACAACUACUGCGUCACUCCCGGCUGGAAGGCGAUGCAGUUUGCGAAGCCACUUACUCCCGGUGCCAAGUACUGCUCGUACGUGAAGAUGAUCCCGACCGUCGAGGACCCGACCGUCUAUUUCGGCGAUGUGUACAUCCUUCAAGACGGCGUCAUCGUGGGCAUGGUUGGCGGCAUCCAGUUCCGUCGCUUCCCAAGAAUAUUGCUGAACAAAUUCUUCUCUCCACCGGACAAGUCUGAGCCCAUCUCUGCAAACAAGAGCGCUGCUCCACUACCCAAGCCUGCCGCACUUCCUGUUGCAGCGCCUGUCAGCAAGCCAACACCCAGUGCGCCAGCUGCGCCACCGAUGGUACGAGUUGACUCGGGCACUGGUUCAGAGCCAGAAAAGACCAAGGAGGCUGCGCCAGCGCCAGCACCAGCACCAGCACCAGCAGUGGAGACUGCUGCCGACACCGCUACCGACACCUCUUCUGUCACAUACAAGGCGCUCGAGCUCAUCGCCAACGAGGCCGCGCUCGAAAUAUCCGACCUCGAAGAUGACGUUAGCUUUGCUGCUCUGGGCAUUGACUCUCUCAUGUCGCUGGUGAUAUCGGAAAAGUUCCGCAGCGAGCUCGAUAUCAAGGUCGGUGGAAGCAUGUUCUUGGAUUACCCAACCAUUGGAGACCUCAAGGCGUACACCGAUACGUUGUAA